AUGGCAUCGCCUCUGCCCUGGCUCUACAUUAUUCUAUGGGUAGAAAAUGCCCUAGGGAAACUUGAAGAUGAAGGAAACUUCUACUCCAGAAACAUCAGUCGGAUCCUGGACAACCUGCUUGAAGGCUAUGACAAUCGGCUGCGACCAGGAUUUGGAGGUGCUGUCACUGAAGUCAAAACAGACAUUUACGUAACAAGUUUUGGGCCCGUGUCAGAUGUGGAGAUGGAGUACACAAUGGACGUUUUCUUCCGCCAGACUUGGACCGAUGAGAGAUUGAAGUUUGGGGGGCCAGCUGAGAUUUUGAGUUUGAAUAACCUGAUGGUCAGUAAAAUCUGGACACCUGACACUUUUUUCAGGAAUGGCAAAAAAUCAAUUGCUCACAAUAUGACGACUCCUAACAAACUCUUCAGAAUAAUGCAGAAUGGAACAAUUCUAUACACCAUGAGGCUUACCAUCAACGCUGACUGUCCUAUGAGGCUGGUUAACUUUCCUAUGGAUGGGCAUGCUUGUCCACUCAAAUUUGGGAGUUAUGCUUACCCCAAAAGUGAAAUCAUAUAUACAUGGAAAAAAGGACCACUUUACUCAGUGGAAGUCCCAGAAGAAUCUUCAAGCCUCCUUCAGUAUGAUCUGAUUGGACAAACAGUAUCUAGUGAGACAAUUAAAUCUAACACAGGUGAAUACGUAAUAAUGACAGUUUAUUUCCACUUGCAAAGGAAGAUGGGCUAUUUUAUGAUACAGAUCUAUACUCCUUGCAUUAUGACGGUCCUUCUUUCCCAGGUGUCUUUCUGGAUUAAUAAGGAGUCUGUUCCGGCCAGAACUGUCUUUGGGAUCACCACUGUCUUAACCAUGACCACUCUAAGCAUCAGUGCCAGGCACUCCUUGCCAAAAGUGUCUUAUGCGACCGCCAUGGAUUGGUUUAUAGCUGUUUGCUUUGCUUUUGUCUUCUCUGCUCUUAUUGAGUUCGCAGCUGUCAACUACUUUACCAAUCUUCAGACACAGAAGGCCAAAAGGAAGGCACAGAUUGCAGCCUCACCCCCAGUGACAAUAGCAAAAGCGACUGGACCCUUGGAAGCUGAGAUUGUUUUGCAUCCUGAUUCCAAGUACCAUCUGAAGAAAAGAAUCACCUCUCUGACAUUGCCAAUAGUUCCAUCCCCCAAGGCCAGCACAGUCCUCACAAGAGCUCCCAUCUUACAGUCAACGCCUGUCACACCCCCACCCCUCUCUCCUACCUUUGGGGGUACCAGUAAAAUAGACCAGUAUUCUCGGAUUCUCUUCCCAGUUGCAUUUGCAGGAUUCAACCUCGUAUACUGGAUAGUUUAUCUUUCCAAAGACACGAUGGAAGUGAGCAGCAGUGUUGAAUAG